GAUGAUUUCAACUUAUCGCAACUAAAAUUACAACUGCAAUGGAAUGCACCAUUUUCGGACGAACUUUUCGAUUUCUUUUUGUCGCUUUUCAACCGUUGGCCACCAAGCCCAACUUUUGGCCACUUAUUUGAUGUUUGGGUCACAUGGAUCCGCCCGUGGCGUUACUGCGGCAAUGACUUAAAGCGUGUUAUGCCUUUCAUACGUUCAAAUCGACGCUUUUACAUCGAAUUAUCGGAUGCAUUUUGGCGUCGAAGUUUUGCACUUGAAUGUGCAGAAGAUGUGGAAAUUUUAGCUUCAUAUAUUACAAUUUUAACAUCUCCUGAAUUUCUUAAAGUGUACGAAGAGUUGGAGUAUAGCAUCGAAUCGAACGUUCUAAAUUUGAUGAAUACACUGCGAGAAAAUGCGGAUGAAUUUCGCGCAAAAGUGUUUGGCGAGGAAAUGAGGUUGCAAAAAGCAAAUUGGUUCCAGCGGUUCUUUCUUUGCGGAGAUGAGCAGGAUCGUCUUUCGAAGCACAAAAAAGCGCUUGAAGAACUCGAGAGGCUUAUUGUGAGUGCAGAAAUCGCUCUGAUAGGCGGAGAAGAUAAUGAGUUUCGAAGCAGAGAGACUCCUGCUGCUGCUGCUACUGAUUCUUCUGAAACAUUGCGGGAUUCGUCCUACUCACCAAAUUCGUUGGCGAAGCAAAUACCGGAUCAUUAUGUUGAUCCCGCAACUAAACUCAUCUACCUUACACCACUCGGAAGGCAGCAGGUGAGAUUUUUUUUGUGUUACAAUGUAUUCCAAAAUGAAAAUAGUUCAGGAUUCAAAUGCUGA